AUGGUUAAAGGCAAUACCGGCUACAUGGAACACUUCGUAGCGAACUGUGUAGCAAAAAUGCAAGUAGCAGCGGGGAAUUGUGCAUGGAACCAUGUUCAAGGUGUAAAUAAUCCUGCAGACCUGAUCUCGAAAGGAUUACUACCGCAACAAAUCCAUGAAAACCAGGUGUGGUGGGAGGGACCCUCUUGGCUGAAGCUGGAACAGGAAUGCUGGCCAAUCCAAGUUACAGAGAACUAUAAGGAUGAAGCAGAAGAAGAGAUACGAAGAUCUGUUGCGCACUGCGCAGCGCCGGAAAGAGAAAAUUUUGGAAGAUGGUACGUGGCGAAGUUUUCAUCGUUUACCGACAUGGUUCGUCGUACAGCAUAUCUGUUGCGAUUUAUAGCAAGGCUUAGGAACCCAAUACGAAGUCCGGAUGAUCCGACAUACCUUACAGCAGAAGAGGUGAAAAAGGCGGAAAUAGCUGUCAUACGAUGCGUGCAACGUGAGGAGUUCGAGCAAGAGUGGUCGUUAUUAUCAAAAAUGGAAUCGGUAGGAAGGAGCUCACCGCUUCGUUGGUUUAAUCCACAGUUGUUGAACGAUAACGUGAUUCGGGUCGGUGGAAGGUUAGAACAUUCACAGGAAGCGGAUGCAACUAAACACCCCUUUGUAUUACCGGCAAGGCAUCCGCUGACUAAGUUAGUAUUUCAGCAUUAUCAUCACAAACUGUUGCACGCAGGCCCUCAACUGCUUCUAGCAACGGUUAGGCAACGUUACUGGCCAUUAGGAGGCAGGAAUGUAGCGCGUAAGGUUGUGCAUGAGUGCUUACGCUGCUUCCGGACAAAACCAAACCCAGUUGAGCAGUUUAUGGGUGAACUGCCAGCAGCGCGUGUUACAGUAGCUCGACCCUUCUCGAAGACGGGUGUUGACUACUUCGGACCUGUCUACUUCCGACCAGGUCCACGCAGAACCGCAGUGAAAGCGUAUGUAGCGCUGUUCGUUUGUAUGUGCACGAAGGCAGUUCAUCUAGAGCUGGUGACUGACCUUAGCACAGACCGUUUCCUGCAGGCAUUUAGAAGAUUUAUUGCGAGGCGAGGACGAUGUACGGAUGUGUACUCCGACAACGGGACCAAUUUUGUUGGAGCUCGGAACCAACUAAAGAAGCUCUUCGAGCUUCUACGCAGCGAAGAUCACCGGAAGCGGAUAAUGAAGGAUUGUUCAGAGGAUGGUAUAAAUUGGCAUUUUAUUCCGCCCAAAGCCCCACAUUUUGGAGGCCUUUGGGAAGCGGCCGUUCGUUCAGCGAAGCUACACCUACUGAAGGUCUUAGGAGAAGUCGUCGUUUCUUACGAAGAUUUGUGCACGCUUUUAGCUCAGGUGGAGUCGUGUCUAAAUUCUAGGCCACUGACUCCCAUGUCAGAUGACCCAACGGACCUGGAAGCAUUAACUCCCGGUCAUUUUCUUAUUGGAGCAUCAUUACACCAGAUUCCAGAUCCAGAUUAUUCUGAGGUUCCUAUGAACCGGUUGGAGAAGCACCAACUAAUCCAACAAAAACUGCAGCUGUUCUGGAAACGAUGGAGAACGGAAUAUCUUUCCCAGAUGCAAGGAAGGGUUAAGCGGUGGAAGCUUGCUGUUCCUAUAACCGUAGGAAAACUCGUCGUCGUCAGGGAAGACAACACGCCCCCAUUACAGUGGAAAUUGGGACGGAUUCAGGAGGCUCAUCCGGGGGCCGACGGCGUAGUUAGGGUUGUAACACUGAAAACCGCGUCCGGUUUGGCCAAGCGCGCAGUUGAGAAACUUUGCAUUUUGCCCCAUCGUGCCAACCAUCUGAGAAGGAGGCGUAGUUAA